AUGGACGUCGAACAGUUACCCUUUUUGGCGGAGUAUUCCAAGAGCAGCAGAGCAUCCUGUCGGUUCUGUAAGCAAAAAAUCGACAAGGAUGUGCUCCGGAUUGCUGCCAUGGUGCAGUCGGCGAUGUUCGACGGUAAAGUUGCUCAGUGGUACCACGAUGAUUGCUUCUUCAAGAAACAACGUCCGAAGACAGAGGGUGAUAUAGCGCACUUCGAGGCUUUGCGAUACGAGGACCAGAAAAAGGUUCGCGAUGCAAUCGCGAAAUUGGCGCAGGGCGUCAUACCGGUUUCUGGCGGUGGGAAGGGAAAAGGUAAGAAACGUUCAGCAUCAGAUGCGCUGUCGUUGAAAGAUUUCGGGGUGGAGUACGCUGCUUCGGGGCGAGCCAUGUGCCGUGGGUGUGAGCAAAAGAUCCUCAAGGACGAAAUGCGUAUAAAAAAAAUCGUGUAUGAUACAGAGGUGGGCAUGAAGUACGGUGGGCAACCGUUGUGGCACCAUGCGGAAUGCUUUGCAAAAGUGCGAUCCGAUCUCGGUUACUUCGACAAAGCAGAAUCGCUCCCUGGUUUCCGUUCGAUGAAGCAUGAGGAUCAGGCACAGUUGAAAGAAUGGUUGCCUGCCAUCAAAGCAGAGGAUGUACCAACAAAGAAGGUUAAGGAGGAAAUUAAGGACGAAGUCGACAAGGCACAGGAUACCGUGGAGGAGAAGAAACUGGCCGAGCAGUUAAAAGCGUUCUACAAAAUACGCGAUAAGUUGAAGGAAUUGGGAAUGAAGAAGGUCGAACAGUCAGAAAUACUCGAAUACAACAAGCAGGAAAUCCCGGAAGGCAACGAUUUGGUUCUGGAUCGCUUGUGUGAUAUUCUUCUAUUCGGUGCGCUGAAACGGUGCACGAAAUGCGGUGGGCAGUAUGUCCUUCAAAAGUCGGCCUAUGUUUGCCAGGGCAACUUGACCAACUGGGUUAAGUGCCUAAAUGCGGAGAAGGCCCCGGCGCGUAUGAAAACUAAAAUUCCGUCAAAUUUGAAGACAGCAUACUCGUUCCUAAAACAGUAUAAAUCAGUAGUGAGUGAUCGAGUGAUACGAUAUGUACCACCAAGUGCCACCACUGUAGCGAAGAAGGUGAAGAAGGAAGAGGAACUUCCGAGCGAACCACGGGUCCAGCGUGAAAAACCGCCCCUGUACAAUAUGGAAUUUGUCAUUCUUGGUAAGAUGACCACACCGAAGGAUCAGCUGAAGCUUAAAAUCCAGAAAAUGGGUGGUAAGGUAGUUACGAAAAUCGCCAGUCACACGGCUGCCAUUAUUUCCACUCUGGAGGAGGUCGAACGGAUGAACAGUCGCAUGCAGGAAGCGAAAGAGUUGCAGAUCCAGGUGGUACCUGAAGAGUUCCUCGAGGACGUUAAAACCGGAGGAGCCCUGUCGUUUAUAACGAGCCGAGCCAUCUGUGACUGGGGCUCGGAUCCUCAAACGCGAAUCCCAACCGAUGAAGAGGCCAGAUCACGUUCGAAAAAGAGCAUCUACGAAAAGUCUGUUCCAGCUAAAAUGAAACUGAAGAUGAAGAGUGGCCUGGUUGUGGAUCCAGACUCUAACCUUGAUGAUAGAGCGCACGUGUACAAGAACAAAAAUAUCAUCUAUAAUUGCGUGCUGAAUAAAGUUGAUAUUCAGUCGGAUAAAAAUUCGUACUAUAAAAUGCAGGUGCUUGAAGGGGACAAGCAAAAGAAGUACUGGCUGUUCCGAGCAUGGGGACGCAUUGGCACUACAAUUGGUGGAAAUAAGGUUGAAAGCUUUAGCAACGCAGAUGACGCCAUGAGUGCAUUUGAAGACAUUUUUCUGGAAAAAACAGGCAACGAUUGGGACCGCCACGAUUCUAAAUACCAAAAGCUUCCGGGCAUGAGUUAUCCGAUCGAGAUUGAUUACAGCGAGACGAAGACGAAGAGGCUUCAAGAGAACAACGCUGUAAAAUCUAAACUUCAGCCGGCUGUGCAGGACCUUGUGCGCAUGCUGUUCGACGUGGAGGCGAUGAAUCGCGUGAUGGUUGAGUUUGAGCUCGACAUGGAAAAGAUGCCGCUGGGCAAGCUGUCCAAGCGCCAGCUUCAGUCGGCGAUGAAGGUGCUGUCGGAAAUUUCCGACCUAAUCGGCAAUGGUGGCUCGAACGCACAAUUUAUCGACGCUUCCAACCGAUUCUAUUCGUACAUCCCACACAACUUUGGGAUCAAGCCCGUUGAGGUCCUCGAUACUGUCGAGCAAAUGAAGGAAAAGCAAGCAAUGAUCGAGAGUUUGAUGGAGAUUGAGUUUGCGUACUCGCUGCUGAAUGCCGAUUCAUCGCAAGACGGUGAUAAAAACCCGCUCGAUAUGCACUACGAUCAGCUUAAGACGGUUAUUGAACCAAUGGCUCACGAUUCGGAGGAGUUCGCGCUGCUCGAGGAGUACGUCCGCAAUACGCAUGGUGAGACACACACGACUUACGAUCUGGAGGUUUCGGAAAUAUUCCGCAUUAAGCGAAAUGGCGAAGAUCGUCGGUACCAUCCGUUCCGGAAACUGCAUAACCGCAAGCUGUUGUGGCACGGAUCGCGUCUAACCAAUUUCGUGGGUAUUCUAACCCACGGUUUGAAGAUCGCCCCACCGGAAGCCCCGGUUACUGGUUACAUGUUCGGCAAGGGUAUUUACUUUGCUGACAUGGUCACGAAGUCGGCCAACUAUUGUUGCACAAACUCGAUCGAUUCAACCGGUCUGAUGCUACUGUGUGAGGUGGCGCUGGGCGACAUGCAGGAGUAUUCGCAGGCUCAUUACGUUAAGAAGCUACCGUCCGGAAAGCACAGCGUGAAGGGCGUCGGACGUACCCAGCCGGAUCCAAGUGGCUCACACGUCCGCGCGGAUGGCGUUGAGAUUCCGUUAGGUAAAGGCAUUGCCGAUGACAAAGUGAAAAGUUCGUUGCUCUACAACGAAUUUAUCGUAUACGAUGUGAGUCAGGUGCACUGCCAGUAUCUGUUCAAAAUGAAUUUCAAGUAUAAGUACUAA